ACACGGCACAUGGGAGGGGAGGAAAGAGGGGGAGAGGAGGAGGAGAAGAGGGGGCGAAGAGAGGGAGAAGAGGGGAGAGGAGUAGGAGAGGAGGGGGAGAGGAGGGGGAGAAGGGGGGGAGAAGAGGGGGAGACGAGGGGAGAAGAGAGGGAGAGGAGGGAGAGGAGGGGAGAGAAGAGGGGUAGAGGAGGGAGAGAAGGGGGAGAGGAGGGGGAGAAGAGGGGGAGAGGAGGGGGAGAGGAGGGGAGAAGAGGGGGAGAGGAGGGGGAGAAGAGGGCGAGGGGGAGAAGAGGGGGAGAGGAGGGGAGAAGAGGGGGAGAGGAGGAGGAGAAGGGACGAAGAGAGGGAGAAGAGGGGAGAGGAGGAGGAGAGGGGAGUGGAGGGGGAGAAGGGAAGAGAAGAGGGGAGACGAGGGGGAGAAGGGAGGGAGACGAGGGGGAGAGGAGGGGGAGAAGAGGGGAAGAGGAGGGGGGAAGAGGGGAGAAGAGGGGAGAAGAGGGGGAGAAGAGGGGAGAAGAGAACGAGAAGAGGUGGAGAAGAGGGGACGAAGAGUGGGAGAAGAGAGGUCCAGAAAUGCGGUAGGAGUGGUGAUGAGGUCGAUGUUGUGA